AUGACAUCAAUAACUUUAAAGAAAGGAGUAGCGGACUUCCACACGAAAACCUCUCAGGGUACUGUGUACAUCAGCCGGAGCCUGAAGCCGGCUGGUGCUGGUUCAGCGCUGACUUCCACGCCGAUCGACGGCGGGAAUGCAGGUCGUGCUGGGUCACCGGCACGUGGCGUGCACUUUUCGCCGGUCGUGUCAGAAGUGAACUGGCGUGAGAGCUAUGUUGAACCCGACGGCGGCGACAAAGUGGCCGCCGCAAACACCAACAACACCACCGCCGCCAAGUCGGCGAGUUCUUCUUCUUCAUCCACCGCGGGCAUUGGGCGCCGGUCUCGCAAGAUUUCCGCAGAGGACUCUGCUGAUCUGCCGCAAAGAGUUAAGGUUACUACAACGGAAGGGAACAAGUUGUCGGUGCAGAAAAUCCAGGUCACGUCAGUAGCGCCGACCUCGGAAUCCGUCUCAAUCUUUGUGGCAACCCUUCCCCCGCCGGAAAGGCAGCAACAGCAGCAGCACGAGGAACCCAGUGCUUCUCCGCUGCCGCCGUCAGUCAUGAACGGCAACAAGUCCGCCACUCUGCCCGCAAAACUCAAGCCCGUGAAGCCGCCGAAGCCCGACGAUGCUUCGACGCACGUGUCGAUCUGGAAGCGUCUCGGUAUAGGGCGACUGAGUUUCGGCAAAAGCGGCAAGUCGUCCAAACAACAACAUCAACAGCAACAACAGCCGUCACCGCCGCCGCCGAACAAGGUCGCAACUAAGGAAGUGAUCCAACCCGAACCUGUUCCGAUACACGCGACGCCGACCAAAUCCACAUCUCAGGAAAUGCCGGAACCGACUAGUACUGAAAGGAACGAGUCCUUGUCAGAGUCGCCUGGAAAGAAGGAUGUUUUAGCUACAUCUGAAUCACCAUCACCAUCGCCGCCACAGCAGCAGCAGAACAAAUCAGACGCCUUGCCUCCACGGCCGCCGAAUCAAGCGUCCAAGCAUUUGAGUCCCGUUGCUCGCGCGAGGCUCAUUUCGGCUCGCAAGCAUUUCCUGGCUACUCAAGGCGCUGCUCAGAAGCCGCCUUCCACUUCUUCGGGUCCUUUGACUGCCGAAGAAGCUGCGAAAAGCAGUGAGAAUCUGCGUGUGGCCUUUGAACGAUUCCGGCAAAAGGCGGAAGAAGACAGACGCCGUUUGGCGCAGAGCGUUCCGGAUUUGCAAGAAGUUGAGUCGAGUGUUCGCAGUGCGAUUGAACUGAAGCAUAGACAAGACGCGUUGUUGGACGAAGAGGCGCCAGCGAAGGAAGAGCGGAAGACUGUGUCGGCGGCGAUGACGGCGAGGAAGAAUGACAUGAUGCGAUCAUCCCAGGAAUUUGAUGACAGGUGGAGGGAGAUUCUGGCCAAAUCUGAGAUCAAGAAGUACGGUGACAGGCUACAGCGAGCAUCACAAGCCAGAUUUACUGCAAGACGGUCGAGCUUCUCGUCAGACAUAACUGACGCAACAGCUCGCCCAGGCAACGCUCGUUACCACAAUCACCACGGGAAGCGAAUGCAUCAAUAUUCCACGGCUGCGCAGUUUUUCAACGACCGACACCGAAGCAAGAGCGUGUCGGCCAACGACGACAACGACCCGUCGGGUCUGGACUCGGGCGAGGUUUUGUUCUUGCGAGAAACGCACUUGGGUCGCCUCGACGGCGGCAGCGGCGGUGGUCAACCGGUGUCGAGCCCUGGUGGUGGUGUCGACGGCGGCCACGUGAGACACGUGUCGAGUCCGGAGUCCAUGAAAGCACGUAGCAUGGUGAAUCUGGGCGACGACGUCGACGACGAUGACGAGGAUGGACCCCGUUUGCAGCGAUUGUCGCCGAGUCGAGGCGGUGAAGAUUCCUCGCGGGCUAAAUCCAUGGAGUUCCUUCUGGACGACGAGAAUAAGCAGAAAAUUAAGAAUCUCGUAGCCCCGUCAAACAAGGCACUUCAGAUACUAACGAAGAAAUAA